UGAAAAACAAAAUUAAAAAUCCAAAUUUGAGAAAAGUCUCACACAAACUCGGAGAGGAGGAAGAAGAAGAAGAGAACCAUAAAGCUUUUUCUUUUCUUCUUCCUUUUCAUCCUAAUCUCCUCAAUCCUAAAACCCUAAACCCAAAUUUCACAAAUUUUCGUUUAAUACUCUGUUUGAGCCAGAGGUGGUUUAAACUUUAAAGUGAGGUUUUUGCUGACAUAUAUACUACAAUGGCGUCGCUGGCUUUGUCGAUUCCUCCCGCCGCUAAGACGCCGUCGUAUUUAGCCUCGUCUUCUUCGACUUUCUUCUCCUCUUGCUCUUCUCUCUCGUUCAGGACCUCUCAGUCUCGCUCACGGAACUCUGUCUUCGCUUGUGUGAAAUGUGAUCUGCCUGAGUCACUGAAUGUGGGGAAUGGGAAUCCAAGUAUCCCAAUUAUUAAUGAGAGGACACUUCCAAAUUUCUUGGAAUCUGCCCGGAUGGAGAAAUCGGUCAGUAGAACCAAUACCAGGCUCAAGUUGUUCUCCGGUACUGCAAAUCCAGCACUCUCUCAGGAAAUCGCUUGGUACAUGGGCUUGGAGCUUGGCAAGAUCAACAUCAAGAGAUUUGCUGACGGAGAGAUCUACGUUCAGCUACAAGAAAGCGUUAGGGGAUCCGACGUCUACUUGGUGCAGCCUACUUGUACUCCAACAAACGAGAACCUCAUGGAGCUUUUGAUUAUGAUAGAUGCUUGCCGAAGAGCAUCCGCCAAGAAAGUUACAGCCGUGAUUCCGUAUUUUGGAUAUGCAAGAGCUGACAGGAAGACACAAGGGCGUGAAUCCAUUGCUGCCAAAUUGGUUGCUAACCUUAUUACCGAAGCUGGUGCAGAUCGAGUUCUUGCUUGUGAUCUUCAUUCGGGACAGUCGAUGGGUUACUUUGACAUUCCAGUCGACCAUGUGUACUGCCAGCCUGUGAUACUUGAUUAUCUUGCUAGCAAGUCGAUUUCCUCAGAGGAUUUGGUAGUGGUUUCUCCUGAUGUUGGUGGAGUAGCCAGGGCACGCGCUUUUGCAAAGAAGUUAUCAGAUGCUCCACUUGCCAUUGUCGACAAAAGGCGUCAUGGACACAAUGUUGCUGAGGUCAUGAACCUAAUUGGCGAUGUAAGAGGGAAGGUGGCAGUAAUGGUCGAUGAUAUGAUUGAUACCGCUGGAACCAUUGUAAAAGGAGCAGCUUUGUUACACCAGGAGGGUGCUCGGGAGGUGUAUGCGUGCUGCACUCACGCUGUUUUCAGCCCGCCUGCGAUAGAGAGAUUAUCUGGGGGUUUGCUGCAAGAAGUGAUAGUGACGAACACAUUACCAGUAGCGGAGAAGAAUUACUUCCCGCAGCUGACGAUUUUAUCGGUGGCGAAUCUUCUAGGUGAGACGAUAUGGCGUGUCCAUGAUGAUAGCUCCGUCAGUAGCAUUUUCCUUUGACCUCUCAUCUCUGUCUCAUUCGCAUCAUCAUUUGAACGUUUCUUGCUUUUCUUAGUCGGUUUAAGGGUCGGUUUCGAAUCGGGUUUUAAAGAUUAUCCCGGUUUAUGUUCUAACCAUGCGUCAGCGUCACCAAAAUUUUAUUGCUUUGUCUUUAUACAGGUUAGGGUUUUUCUUACUUGGUCCACAUCUCAAUAUGGAUUCACCAAUUGAUAUUGAGUCGAUUUUGAUUUAUGGUGUACACAAGUUUCCAAAUUGAUUUAUCCUCUCGUAACCUAUUUUCUACAUAUGUCGCAAACCGACUCAAAAUCUCGUUUAACAGUUUGAAAAUGGGUUGUCUUUAUUGUUGAUUAGAACGACUUUCGUCAUUG